AUGCAUUGUACACGAUGUAAUUUCGAUUUUACUUGGCAAACAACACAAGAACCAAUAACAACAAUUAUUACUCCAUAUUUAGAAAAUGAAGAUUUUACAGAAGUUGAAUCUAUAAAAGAAGAAUUCAACAAAGCAGCAUAUUUAGUUGAAACUUCUGUACACGAAAAAGCCGAACAAAAUGAAGAGAUACCUUCUGAUCAAGCUCACGAACAAGAACAAGAAGAAAACGACGAAGAUUUGAAAAUUUCAAUUGAUAAUAAAUCGGUUAUUGGCUCGGCUAUACUUAACCGAGUGGCAAAAUGUCCCAAUAAAUCGUGUAAAAAAAUCAAUGUAAAGAUUACUCAAGAUAAUUGGAUAAUAUGCAGUGCAUGUAUGAAACAAUUUUGUUUUUUAUGUGGAUGUGGAGUGAAAACAUCAGAACAUUUUGGAAAAAAAUGUUUACGAACCACACCAGUUUAA